AUGCGCUCGAGCUGUGCCCUCUCGUGUGGCACAUGCUGUGGCGACACGAUUGCCGGGUGCUCGCUCCUCGCUGAGCAGGAGCUCUGCGUGCGGCACACGCAGUUUAUGUGGAAGUACUGCGCUGGGAGCUGCGGGCGAUGCCAAGCCGCGCCGCCUGCGAGCGAGGUUUGCGUCGAUCAAGAGCUUGCGUGCGCCAGCUGGGCGGGUCGUGGCGACUGCGGCGGGGUUGAGGACUGGUGUGCUCUUAGCUGCGCGACCUGCGAACAGUCUGAGUCUGUUGUAACGACCGCCGACAUUACGCUCGCUGCAGCACUGCCACGGCCGCCCAUCAUCUAUGGCACCGCUUGGAAGGGCGCACACACCGGCGAGGCUGUAGUUGCAGCUGUCCGCGCUGGAUUCCGAGGGAUAGACACGGGUGGGCAGCCUCGUCACUACGAUGAGGCGGCGGUCGGCGAGGCCAUCGCGCGGCUUGUUGACGAGGGCAUCGCGCGGGAAGAUCUCUGGGUGCAGACCAAGUUCACACCGGAGGAGUGGCAGGAUGCGGCGACGCUGCCCUUCGAGGCGGGCGCUGCUCCCGAGCAGCAGGUGGCGGCGUCGGUGACAGCGUCCCUACGAAAGCUGCGCAUGCCGUACGUGGAUGCUCUCAUCCUCCACUCGCUCGACGGCCGGGAGCCUGCGACUCUGCUGCGCGAGUGGCGUGCUCUCGAGGCGGCCCACGACGCCGGCCAUGCGCGCUGGCUCGGGCUGAGCAACAUCCACUCGGUCGCCACGCUCGCCCGACUACACGCGGCGGCUCGAAUCAAGCCCGCGGUGCUGCAGAACGCGUUUUGGGAGCGCAGCAGCUUCGACGCCGACGUGCGGAGCUGGUGUGCGGCGCAAGGCGUCGUGUACCAAGGCUACAGACUGAUGCAAGCGGCGGGGCGACUCGAGAGCUGGCCGGGCUUCUCCGCCACGGCAGCGCUGAACGCGACAUCGCUUUCGCUGUGGUUUGCGCUCGUGGGCGCGCUCGGCGUGCUUCCCCUCACGGGCACCAGCUCACACCUGAGCGAAGCGAUAGCGGGAGUGUCGCUGCGAGUCGACGCUGGGACGGUGCAGCGGCUGCGGCCCACCGAGGACCUCGGUGGAGCACUUGGUGGUGGCAGUGUGCGUCGAUAA